UUCGUGCUCCUUUCCGCCCCGCCCCUCGGCCCCGUGGGCAGGUCGUGUCCCGGAAGUGAAGGGGCCAUGUUGCUGGGUGACCCCGGGAGAGGUACCGGGCGAGAGGCGAAUCUCGAGGAGUGGUAGCGCGCGCGGCCCGCGGCGUGACGCCCAGCCCCUGCCAGUCCCCCAUGGCCCCAUGGAGCCGCGAGGCAGUGCUGAGCCUCUACCGGGCUCUGCUGCGCCAGGGCCGAGAGCUUCGCUACACUGACCGAGACUUCUACCUGGCCUCCAUCCGCCGUGAGUUCAGGAAAAAUCAGAAGCUAGAGGAUCCUGAGGCCCGGGAGAGGCAGCUGGAAAAAGGCCUGGUCUUCCUCCACAGCAAACUCGGGGGGAUUAUUUAGGACCCUCUCCUUUCCCCUCCCUUCCUGAUUCCGAGGGAAAGAGGACAAAGGUGCCUUCCGUAGACACUCCUGCUCUCUCCCCACCCCUCACAGAUGCAGUGAGAAGCCUCAGGUGAGCAAUGGCAGGCUCUGGUGAGCGCAAAGGCAAGAAAGACGACAAUGGCAUCGGCACGGCCAUUGAUUUUGUGCUCUCCAACGCCCGGCUGGUGCUGGGGGUGGGUGGCGCGGCCAUGCUGGGCAUCGCUACACUGGCGGUUAAGCGGAUGUACGACAGGGCGAUCAGUGCCCCUACCAGCCCCACCCGCCUGAGCCAUUCAGGGAAAAGGAGCUGGGAAGAGCCAAACUGGAUGGGCUCCCCCCGGUUGCUGAACAAGGACAUGAAGACAGGCCUGAGCCGGUCCCUGCAGACCCUUCCCACAGACUCCUCGGCCUUUGACACAGAUACAUUCUGCCCACCCCGGCCCAAGCCAUUGGCCAGGAGGGGCCAGGUAGACUUGAAGAAGUCACGGCUCCGCAUGUCCCUGCAGGAGAAACUUCUUACUUACUACCGGAACCGGGCAGCCAUCCCUGCUGGCGAGCAGGCUCGGGCCAAGCAAGCUGCUGUGGACAUAUGUGCUGAGCUCCGGAGCUUCCUGCGGGCCAAGUUGCCUGACAUGCCACUUCGGGACAUGUACCUGAGUGGCAGCCUCUAUGAUGACCUGCAGGUGGUGACAGCCGACCACAUCCAACUCAUUGUGCCCCUCGUGCUGGAGCAGAACCUGUGGUCGUGUGUCCCUGGCGAGGACACCAUCAUGAACGUCCCUGGCUUCUUCCUGGUUCGUCGUGAGAACCCAGAGUACUUUCCUCGUGGUAGCAGUUACUGGGACCGUUGUGUAGUAGGGGGCUACCUCUCCCCAAAGACAGUGGCAGACACGUUUGAGAAGGUAGUGGCUGGCUCCAUCAAUUGGCCGGCCAUAGGGUCCCUCCUGGACUAUGUGAUCCGACCAGCACCACUCCCAGAGGCCCUGACUCUGGAAGUGCAGUAUGAGCGUGACAAGCGUCUCGUCAUUGACUUCCUGCCAUCAGUGACCCUUGGUGACACUGUCUUGGUGGCCAGACCACACCGGCUAGCCCAGUAUGACAACUUGUGGCGGCUGAGCCUGCGUCCUGCCGAGACCGCACGCUUGCGGGCUUUGGACCAGGCCGACUCGGGCUGCCGGUCUCUGUGCCUCAAGAUCCUCAAGGCCAUCUGCAAGUCCAUUCCGGCUCUGGGCCACCUCACUGCCAGCCAGCUCACCAACGUCAUCCUCCACUUGGCCCAGGAGGAGGCUGACUGGUCUCCAGAUAUGCUGGCCGACCGAUUUCUGCAGGCCUUGAGGGGACUCAUCAGCUACUUAGAGGCCGGAGUCCUGCCCAGCGCCCUGAACCCCAAGGUGAACUUAUUUGCAGAGCUCACCCCUGAAGAAAUAGAUGAACUGGGAUACACUCUCUAUUGCUCAUUGUCCGAGCCGGAGGUGCUGCUGCAGACGUAGGGCAGGUGAAGGCCAAAGUGGGUGUCGGGUGGGCAGGCCCUGGAUUCUCCGUUAGAAACACUUGGCUACAUAGUUGGUGCCUCACAGGGUCCCUGGGUGCCUCCUGUCUCGCUGGUCAUUGCCCUGGUCACUUCAUGCUGAUUAGAAUGACAUCUCUUGCCUCCUAUUUUCUCACCCAUCCCUUUCUCUUUUUGUUACCAAACACUGUGCUCCCCCCUCCUCCCCUCCCGCUUGCUCCAGGCUUAAUUUUUCUGGUAUGAAUUGAGAAGGUGGAGCCACUGGCCUGAGCUCUUGAGACCACUUGGCGUUUUGCAUUUUGGCCUGGGUUUUCUGCUCCUGUCUGCCCGGCCCUGCCCUUUGACCUGUUUUUUUUUUUCAGUGUCUUCUGUCUUUUCCUCUUGUUUGCGCCUUCUGAUUUGCUCUUUUCCCCAGAGCACAUCUGCCUAUUCGAGAUGUUGCCUUUUAGUUGAAUGUCACUGAAGUUAUGAUUGCAUGUUUCCAAGCUGAACUCUGCAGAGAGUGCUCAGACAGUAUUUAGGGUUUCUGGGGGUAAAGCUGGGCGAAGAGCUGGCCUUUGACCCAGGUUCCUGGAAAAGCAGCCCAUUCUCCCCACCUCCCGACCAAGUCGUACCCAUAAGUACUGAGAAGGUCUCUCAUGGGAACACUUAUUGACCACAUAGGAGUGAGGGCUCAAGACAAACUGGAUGCAAAGUCAUUUGGAGAUCGUCUUUCUUAGUGGCUGUCAGUGCAGAGUGGGGAAACCGGAGGUGGUGAAGACAGCCUGGGAGAGGUCUGGUGCCUGGUGUGCGCCUUAUCCGCACCGCUGUGUGCAGGAGUCAGACGAGGACGGACGGAAGGGGCUGCCAGGCGGCUCCUCUGCACGACUGCUGCCGUUCACCCCUUCCUUGCCUUAGUGCCAAUUAGGACAAGGCCUUCAAGGACGCAGCCUUAGUGGUAGAGGUUGAACGUCAGCUGGAAAAUCCAGUCUCCAGUUGGGGCUCGGUGACCAUGUUCCUCCCCUGUCAGGCCCUGCCUUUCUAGGAUGUUGCCUCAGAGCAAGAACAGGCCCACAGCCAGCCCUUCCUUCCCCAGUGUUUGCCGUAGGUGUUUGGGGGGGUGUUUGCCGAACUUUCCAGGCACCUCUGAGGCCAAAGGGCAAGCACAUGUGCACACACCUCUGCCCCAUCCUGCCUCUCAGCCAGCACCUGGGGAGCCAGGUGCCGCCUAAGAAGAGAGCACAUGGCUAGCACACGUGAGAGGGAGGUGGGCACUUCCCGCAUCCUUUGUCUGCCGCUGCUAAGAUUGCACUAUUUACUGCAAUGUAAAAAGUAUCCUGCGGGUGGGGAGGAGCAUUGAAUACACAAUGUCAGUGCAUCUUCUCGUUUUGUGUCUUUUUUCCUGUUUUUGGCAAGAGCCUGCUGAUGAUACUGUUUCUCCUCUGCCUAUCCAGCAUUUUGUUCUCCUCCCAUCAAGUCUUACUAGUUUUUCUAUUCUUACUACCUCUCCACAGUAAGGUUCUGGUGACGCGCUCUGCAGCUGUCUCAUUCCUUCCCAAUGACAGCGACAUGCAAUGACUCUUUAAAUAGCAUUGAAACCUCAGCUGCCCUUUGAACUUAGGGUAGGGAUUCCUGUCCCCUUUUUGUCAUGGAUGAACAGGUUGAGAACUCGGGUUAACCUUGGCUCUAUGUGGAGACUCUUCCUGCCUCCUCUGUCAUAUACAUGCAAGGGUUCCUUAAAGUGGUUCCGUUGUCUCAUUUGUGUGAAGGUAUUGAGAGAGAAUGAAAAUAGGAAGCCCAGAACCCUGAGAGAGACGUUCCACCCUGGCUGUUCAUCAGAAUCCAGCUGGAGUUUAAAAAUCCACGUGCCUGCCUGCUGCCCUGGGCGGCUGGUAUAGAGGGUAAGGGGCGGAACCUGGCAUUGAUGGUGCCCAUGCCCCCAUCUGGUGUCCAUUAGAGGGAAGAGAGAGGGGAAGGCUGAUGAAGUGUUGCAAAAGCAUGGGUUAUUCUUUGUUGAGAGAAAGGAUUCAGUUUUCCCAAUGUGAGCAUUAUACAGCCUACAGUUUUUCCAAGCGGGCAUCUCUGACUACAUUCCAUAUAAAACAUGGAAGGAGAGCUCAAAAAA